AUGUCAGACGUGUCCUUUCUCGCAAUCAGCAAGACGUACAUCAUCGACAUGGCGGAGCGCAUAGAAACACCGGUAUCCAAGAGGCUAUCCUCUGUAAAGAAUAUCAUCAUCGUUCUCUCUGGCAAAGGUGGCGUCGGCAAGUCAUCCUCCUCGGUUCAACUCGCCCUUUCUCUUCUCGCCUUGAACCCCACAAACCGUGUGGGUCUCAUAGAUCUCGAUAUCACUGGUCCUUCUCUUCCGCGAAUGGUUGGUCUUGAUUCGCCGACUGCUACGGUCCACCAAUCGUCAGCCGGGUGGGUCCCAGUAUAUGUCGAUCAGGGGCGAAGAUUGGGGGUCAUGAGCAUAGGGUUUCUACUCAAAGACAGAGGGGACAGUGUAGUAUGGAGAGGCCCAAAAAAGGAUGGAAUGAUCAGGCAGUUCUUGAGUGAGGUGAGGUGGGGCGAGCUGGAUUACCUGGUAAUCGAUACGCCGCCAGGCACGUCGGAUGAACAUAUCUCACUCUUGACUCACCUCCACCCCCUCUUCACGCCCACAUCCUCCUCCCCUACGACCCCUUCCUCGAUCCUCAUCACUACCCCUCAAACGACCGCUCUCAACGACACCAUCAAAUCCCUUUCCUUUACCCGCAAGCUUUCCCUUCCGGUCAUGGGGCUAGUGGAGAAUAUGGCGGGCUACGUCUGUCCAUGUUGCGGAGAGAUCAGUGAUACUUUCGGUAAAGGCGGAGGAGAGGCGCUGGCGCACAAAGAGAGCGUCAACUUCCUGGGACGAGUACCGAUCGACACCGUACUUGUGGCGCUUCUGGAUGCUGUCUCGAAAGGGGAGGUGCAGGGCGAAGGAGCCAAGGAGACGAACGGCGGGGAUCAGGCUGCAUCGUCGGAGGGUUUCCCUCUGCUCGAAAAGUAUCUCGAAACGACCUCGUCCAACGUAUGGCUGGGUAUCGCGGACAAGCUUGUUGCCAGCAUAGUGGAUCGCAGAGAGAAGAUAGCCGAAAGACUUGGGCCGCAGGAACAAGGGACAUCCGCAUAGAGGAGCUGAAUGAUAGAAAUGAUCAUGUUGUAUCUUACAUCCACUUCGUACUGAAUGGAUAGGCCGUUUGCUUUGACUCUUCUCACAUAUGCGGUACGUCGAUUACACUGAUCAUAGGCUGUGGGACAAACGCGCAUGAGAAUGUCGGGCGAUGAAAGGACAAGCGCUGGGUAUGAAGAGCUGAGGUUCAGAUACAGUGCCAUCUCAUCAAGAC